AUGUUUGACUUGCCAGACAAAGCGGAAAGUAAUUCACGAUCAGAUUAUGUGUCGAAGUGGAAAACUGCAAUGACCGAGGCUUACCGAAUUGCUCACGAAGCUACUACGAAAAGUGCCGAAAAAGGAAAGAAGAACUAUGAUCGUCGUAUACGCUACACGGACUUGCAACCAGGAGAUCGUGUUCUUGUUCGAAACCUUUCACCGAGGGGAGGACCGGGGAAACUUCGAGCAUUUUGGAUUUUUGGGAAGAAGAAGUACACGUAGUCGUUUCACGAAAGGGACCCGAGAGUCCAGUCUACGAGUUAAGACCCGAAACACGACGGGGACGUAAUCGUGUGCUACAUAGAAAUCUUCUCCUUCCAUGCGAACAUCUGCCAUUAGAAAACUGGCGCGAAUUAACUCGAAAGACAACGGAAACACACCGAGCUACAAAACGUGUACCUCAAAAUGAGAGUGAAGUCGAAAGAUCGAACAGUGAUAGUGAUACCGACGAUGAAUUUCGAGUUACCGUUCACCAACCUGAGAGAAUGGAAGUUAACCCAGAUACUCCUGAUCCAGUUCAGUUAGAAAUUGACCCUGCAAAUGAGAAUGGUUAUAUUGCGGAAGAUAUCCUGCAAGAUACAGUACAAGAGAACCCAGAAGUGAUUGAUGAAGUUCAGGAUCACAUAAGUGACACUCAAGCAAAUAUCUCUGAAGAGAAUAUGCAUGGCGAUAGGAAUCCUGAGAACAUAAUACCUGACCAAGAAGUAGAAACUGAUGGUAAUCGUGUGGUGCGAAGAAGACAACCCCCUUAA